GUUAGUUUCGUUUUCAAGCAGAAACAUCACGAGGGUUGGGAACAGUCAUUAAAACUUCAGAUCGAGUGGGAACCAGACUAGUCGGGAUCAAGAAAGACAACAUGUGUGUGGGACGGUAGCUCGGUCUGACAGAGCUCUGGAGGACAGAGGAAGGCCAGUAUCAUGAUGGAGGAUCAGAGCCCAGGUUUUCCUGAACCCAGCUGUGUGUCCAUGAAGAGUGACCAGUCUAAAGGUGGCUUUAUUAACUUCAAACAACCUGCAGAUGGAAGUAUCAUGAUGGAGGAGCAGAGCCCAGAUUCUCCUGAACCCAGCUGUGUGUCCAUGAAGAGUGACCAGUCUAAAGGUGGCUUUAUUAACUUCAAACAACCUGCCGAUGAAAGAAUUAAGAUGAAGAGGCAGAGGACAUACUCUACUGAACCCAGCUGUUUGUCCAUGAAGAGUGAUCAGUCUAAAAGUGGCUUCAUUAACUUCAAACAGUCUGCAGUUGGAAGAAACAAGAUGAAGAGGCAGAGGGCACACUCUACUGAACCCAGCUGUUUGUCCAUGAAGAGUGAUCAGUCAAAAAGUGGCUUCAUUAACUUCAAACGGUCUGCAGAUGGAAGAAUCAAGAUGAAGAGGCAGAGGACACACUCUACUGAACCCAGCUGUUUGUCCAUGAAGAGUGAUCAGUCUAAAAGUGGCUUCAUUAACUUCAAACACUCUGCAGUUGGAAGAGGUCAGCUGGAAACAUCAGAGUUCUUCGAUGAUCAAUCCAAUCAGCAUAGAACAGACCUGGACUCCAUAUUUAUGCUGCUGGAGGAAAAAAUCAUCACCUUUAUGAAGAAGGAACUGAAGAGAUUUCAGAAGGCUCUGAGUCAGGAUAACCCAGAAUGUCUCAUUGAGGAUGAGGAGGUGUUGGUUGGUGAAUAUAAAGAGCAGAGGAGCAGCAGAGAGGCAUUUCUGAACAUUACAGAGAACUUCCUGAGGAGAAUGAAACAGAACGAGCUGGCUGACCGUCUGUGGAACAGAACUCCUGAUCCAGUUUACCAACAUAAACUCAAGUCUAACCUGAAAAAGAAGUUCCAGUGUGUGUUUGAGGGGAUCGCCAAAGCAGGAAACCCAACCCUUCUGAAUCAGAUCUACACAGAGCUCUACAUCACCGAGGGAGGGACUGGAGAGGUCAACCAUGAACACGAGGUCAGACAGAUCGAAACAACAUCCAGGAAAGCACACAGACCAGAAACAACCAUCAGACAAGAAGACAUCUUUAAAGCUCCACCUGGAAGAGAUGAACCAAUCAGAACAGUGAUGACCAAGGGCGUGGCUGGCAUUGGGAAAACAGUCUUAACACAGAAGUUCACUCUGGACUGGGCUGAAGGCAAAGCCAACCAGGACAUCCAGUUCACAUUUCCAUUCACUUUCAGAGAGCUGAAUGUGCUGAAAGAGAAAAAGUUCAGCUUGGUGGAGCUCAUUCAGCACUUCUUUACUGAAACCAACAACGCAGGACUCUGGAGGUUUGACGGGUUCCAGGUCGUGUUCAUCUUUGACGGUCUGGACGAGUGUCGACUUCCUCUGGACUUCAUCAAAACUAAAAUCCUAACUGAUGUCACAAAGUCCACCUCAGUGGAUGUGCUGCUGACAAACCUCAUCAGGGGGAACCUGCUUCCAUCUGCUCGCCUCUGGAUAACCACACGACCUGCAGCAGCCAAUCAGAUCCCUCCUGGGUUUGUUGACAUGGUGACAGAGGUCAGAGGGUUCACUGACCCUCAGAAGGAGGAGUACUUCAGGAAGAGAUUCAGAGAGGAGGAGCAGGCCAGCACAGUCAUCUCUCACAUCAAGACAUCCCGAAGCCUCCACAUCAUGUGCCACAUCCCGGUCUUCUGCUGGAUCACUGCUACAGUUCUGGAGGAUCUGCUGAAGACCAGAGAGGGAGGAGAGCUGCCCAAGACCCUGACUGAGAUGUUUGUCAGCUUCCUGGUGGUUCAGACCAAAGUGAAGAGCAUCAAGUAUGAUGGAAGAGCUGAGAAUGAUCCACACUGGAGUCAAGACAGCAGGAAGAUGAUCGAGUCUCUGGGAAAACUGGCUUUUGAGCAGCUGCAGAAAGGAAACCUGAUCUUCUAUGAAUCAGACCUGAUGGAGGGUGGCAUCGAUAUCAGAUCAGCCUCGGUGUACUCAGGAGUGUUCACACAGGUCUUCAGAGAGGAGAAAGGACUUUUCCAGGAUACGGUGUUCUGCUUCAUCCAUUUGAGUGUUCAGGAGUUUCUGGCUGCUUUUCAUGUUCACCGGACCUUCAUCAACUCUGGAGUCAAUCUGAUGAAAGAAGAACAAACACCAUCCAAGAUCUCUAAAACCAAGCCUAAACGGAAACAUCUCCAUCAGAGUGCUGUGGACCAGACCUCUGGAGUCAAUCUGAUGGCAGAAGAACAAACACCAGCCAGAUCUACAAUGACACAGUUCUACCAGAGUGCUGUGGACCAGGCCUUACUGAGCCCAAAUGGACACCUGGAUUUGUUCCUACGCUUCCUCCUGGGUCUGUCACUGACCACCAAUCAGAAUCUCCUACAAGGUCUGCUGACACAGACAGGAAGUGACUCAGAGACCAGACAGGAAACAGUCCAGUACAUCAAGACAAAGAUCAGUGAGGAUCUGUCUGCAGAGAAGAGCAUCAAUCUGUUCCACUGUCUGAAUGAACUGAAUGAUCGUUCUCUAGUGGAGGAGAUCCAACAGUUCCUGAGAUCAGGACGUCUCUCCACAAAUAGACUUUCUCCUGCUCAGUGGUCAGCUCUGGCCUUCAUCUUACUGUCAUCAGAUAAAGAUCUGGACGUGUUUGACCUGAAGAAAUACUCUGCUUCAGAGGAGGCUCUCCUGAGGCUGCUGCCAGUGGUCAAAGCCUCCAACAAAGCUCUGCUGAGUGGCUGUAACCUCUCAGAGAGAAGCUGUGGAGCUCUGUCCUCAGUCCUCAGCUCCUCCAGACUGAAAGAGCUGGACCUGAGCAACAAUGACCUGCAGGAUUCAGGAGUUGAGCAACUUUGUGGUGGACUUCUGGAUUCACUGUCUACACUUGAAACUCUCAGGCUGAGUGUCUGUAACCUCUCAGAAAGAAGCUGUGGAGCUCUGUCGUCAGUCCUCAGCUCCUCCAGACUGAGAGAGCUGGACCUGAGUAACAACCACCUGCAGGAUUCAGGAGUUGAGCAACUUUGUGGUGGCCUUAUGAAUCCAGUGUGUGCGUUGGAAACUCUCAGGCUGAGUGGCUGUAACCUUUCAGAGAGAAGCUGUGGAGCUCUGUCCUCAGUCCUCAGCUCCCAGUCCUCCAGACUGAAAGAGCUGGACCUGAGUAACAAUGACCUGCAGGAUUCAGGAGUGACGCUGUUGUCUUCUGGACUGGAGAGUCCACACUGCAGACUGGACUCUCUCAGUCUGUCUGGCUGUUUGGUCUCAGAGGAAGGCUGUUCUUCUCUGGCCUCAGUCCUGAGCUCGUCCUGUCUGACAAAGCUGGACCUGAGCUACAAUCAUCCAGGAGAACAAGGAGAGAAUCUACUGUCUACUCUAAAGGAGGAUCCACACUGCAGACUGGAGACACUGAGGCUGGACCAUGGUGGACAGCACAGACUGAAACCAGGUCUAAACAAGUACGCCUGUGAGCUGGAAGUGGACGCAAACACAGUGAACAGAAGACUCAAUCUGUCUGACAACAACAGGAUGGUGACAUGUGUGAAGAGGGAUCAACCAUAUCCUGAUCAUCCAGACAGAUUUGACUGUCAUCAGCUGCUGUGUCGGACUGGUCUGACUGGUCGCUGUUACUGGGAGGUCGAGUGGAGAGGAUGGGUUUAUGUAUCAGUGAGUUACAGAGGAAACCCACACAGAGGAAACAAAGAUGAAUGUGUGUUUGGAUUUAAUGAUCAGUCUUGGAGUCUGAUCUGCUCUGAUAAUGGUUACUCUGUCCUUCACAACAACAGUCAAACAAACACCUCCUCCUCCUCUUCAUCCUCUGAUAGAGUAGCGGUGUAUCUGGACCAUCCUGCUGGCUCUCUGUCCUUCUACAGAAUCUCCUCUGACAGACUGAUCCACCUCCACACCUUCAACACCACAUUCACUGAACCGCUCUAUCCUGGGUUCAGGUUUAGGUUGUGGUCAGGUUCCUCAGUGUCUCUGUGUUCUCUGUAGCUCAAACUCUGCUGUCUGAAUCCAAGGCUUAGUCACACUACACACUAGACGAUUUAUCAUCUCUGAUUAAUCUGAUUUUAAUUUAAAGCUCGACAGUAAUUCUUCUUCACUAGUUGAACUUGUAUUGGUGUAUAUAUCACUGUUUAACUGCUCAGCACUUAUUGUUACACAUGAGGACAAAUUUAUUAACCCCCCCAUGAAAAUGUCGCUGAUUUAAACGGGUUUCUCAAGUGCUGUUUAAUAAAGCAAAGAAAUUUGAACACAGCUUCUUCAAACAUCCAACUUUCAUUAUGGAUGCUAAAAUUGUGUUACUUUGCACAAAAAAAUGAAAAUAUUCCACAAAAACCAAAAACUACCAGGGUCAAAAUUAUUAGCCCCUCUGGUGCUAGUAGUCAACAGUGUCUCCUUUUUGCUGGUUAACAGCAUGCAGUCAUUUGUUGUAAUUUUCAAAAAGCCUUUGACAUGUCCUCUGAGGAAUCCCAGCCCAUUCUUUUUUGGUGAAUCUCUCAAGCUCCUCCAGAUUCGAUGGGCUACUGGCAUGGACCUUCAUCUUCAGUUCACCCCACAGAUUUUCAAUGGGAUUUAAGUCAGGGCUUUGUGCAGGCCACUCAGUAACACUCGCAUUGGUCUUCUGAAGGUAGUUCUUCACCAGGAGUGACGUAUGUUUUGGGUGGUUGUCGUGUUGUAAGAAAAAAGUGAUGACCCAGUCCCAGUUUUGCUGCCGACUGCUUCAGGUUUUCUUUCAAAAUCUCCACCUAUCUUUCUUCAUAGUUCCUUCCACCUUGACAAGGUUUCCAGUUCCAGAUGCACUGUAGCGUCCCCAAAGAAUAAACCUCCCAUCAUCAUGUUUCACUGUUAGGACAGCGUUCUUUGGGUGACAUGCCUCUCCCUUCUUUCUCCAAACAUCACCAAUGUCUCUAUGGCCAAAGAGCUCUAGUUUAGCUUCAUCUGGCCAAAGGACACACUUCCAGUAUUCAUAAUCCUUCUCCAGGUUGUCCUUAGCAGACUUAAGUCUGGAUUGAAGGUGUCUCUUCUGCAAAAGGGAGAGUUUUUCUUAGUCUGCAACCUCACAGUCCAUUCCUGUGCAGGGCUCUAGUGAGACUACAAUUCAUGACUUUGUCAAGUCCUUUACCAGUGUGCUGGCAGUUGUUCUGGGGUCUUUAGACACAUCUCUCACUAGUUUUGUUUCCAGGGUCUUUGAAAUCUUUCUCUUCCUGCCUCUGCCAUGCUUGUUCUGGACUGUGUGGCUCUCAUUGAAUUUCUUAAUUAUACUUCUCACUUCAGUUCUUGACAGUUGGAGAUGCUGUGAUAACUUUGUAAAUCCUUCUCCUGCUUUGUGAGCAUCAACAAUUCUUUUUCUCCAGUCUAAACUGAUUUCUUUGGUUUUGGCAUUGUGCCUUCUCAAGUGACAGCUCAAACCCUUACUGAGGCUUUUAUACUAUGUGAAAACUAGGAAAUGACCCUUGGUUUUAACUUCAUUUUACAAGCUUUGAGCAUUUCAAACUUAAAGAAAGUCAUUGCACAACAGUGGUUUGUGCUAUGGCCCGACUAAAAGAUCAGUUUCUGAAAGGCUAAUAAUAUUGACCCUGGUCAUAUUUGCUUUUUCUGAAAAAGCUGUUAAUGUGUACGAAUGAAAAUAAUGUCUGCCUUUGAAAAAUAUCUAUUAUGUUCAGAAAUGCUGUGUUAAAAAUUCUUUGCUCUGUUAAAAAAACACUUGCAUGAAUCUUGAAAAAAACUUAAAAUUUUACAGGGGGACUGAUAAUUUGACCUCAACUGUAUACGAUCAAGUGUAAAAUGGCUCAUUUUAGCGUUGUUUUAGCUCAGAUACUUCUUGUUUGGUCUAACUAAGCCCACAGACAUAAAAACAGCUGAUCAGACACUCUGAGGUGGAAGAGCGCGUAGCCUGUGUGAUGUUUGGCACAGUCAGCGAUUGGCCUGGCGAUUACAAAGAGUUUCCUUUCCGUCCUUUGACGUCAUCCAGACAGGGGUGCUGCAGAGAGCCCAUCACUAUCUGAAACACACAACUCUUCUCUCUCCUUAGAAGGACGAUACAAGCCCUGCUAUCAUCCUAAAUCUGAAUCUUGAUGCCACAAGACUUGUCCCUUGUUGGAGACAAGCCCAACUGUGGAAGGAAAGUUAAUGAACUGAUCUCUGCUCACUCCUGGUCUCAGAUGGACACCAGACUAUAAUCACACACAGUGAUCACAAGGUAGAGGCUGUAUCUGAGCAGAACUAGCUGUAGGAAGAAUUUCAUGUCAAUUCAUUGGAAGCUACAUUUGUUGUCUUUGUCUCUGUGUAUGCAUCGUUGAUUUACUUUGCUGUGUCCAUUUAUGUCCACUACAGUGCACUUCACUUAAACAAAAACCGGUGUGACUUCCGUUAAAAUCAAAGUCCAGCCACUGGGUCUCUUAAGUUUGUAGACUCCUUAGUCUGAGCUUUUCUUUCUUCUCAGUCCACCAUCUUUAAAGUCACAUAUGUGUUUUGGCCAUAUUGUCUUCUUUGUUCUGGUUGACCAUUUUGAGAACCUCAUCUGCCUUCUCUCCCUCUCUUCUCUCUCUCUUACACUCUCACAUACACAUUAAUCACACUUUGCUUUGUAAAUACUUCUCUUUUGUAGUUUAGUUUUAUAAUUUAUUUAAGUGUCAUUUAUUACAAUUUAUGCUGCUUGCCGGGUAUCCGUGGGGUCUUAAAAUGUCUAGAAUCCAAUCAUUUGAAUUUAAGGCCUUAAAAUGUCUAAAAUUCUCUUAAAAUCUCAUAAAUGUCAUAAAUACGAUUUUUAAAGGUCUUAAAAAUGUAUUACUAAUGUAUUAUUAAAACGGAAUCACGGACGGAAUUACAGAAUUUGCCUAUAAAAAUGGAAUUUACAAUUUAACGCGGAAAUUGAAUGAAUUUGACUGAAAUGCUGUGGUUUUUUUUAGAAAGAGGAACGUGUAUCUGAGGAAUAUGCCCCCGGGGGAACACUAAAGCGGGGCACAACUUGUCCUUCACUCACCCCGCCCCCUCCUAAACAAUAACAGCUCGUCAAAGCAGCUGCAUGAAACAUCAGCAAAUAUCACGUAGCCCCAUACGGGGCCAGUACCGUGGGACUUAAUGUUGCACCUUCAAGAAAACUCAUCUGUGCUUUGAGUUAUUUUACCUCAUCACACCACCUGAGCGGUGUGCCUCACCUCACGUGAGGCACACCGCUCACCCUUCAGAGGCUCAAAAUCAAGUUGGACGGAGUCGAGAUUUUAUGAAGUCCAACAGUCUGAAUGAUGUUGAAUUCAAGUAACAGUUAGCUUAAUAAUUUUCUUGUAGAUACUGUAGUUCCCUUUGGUUGCUUAAGGACCCAACACAUGUCUGGAUUAGACAGACAGCGAGGAUGGAGAGAGGUAAGGAGAGAACCACUACAAUCAGGAGUAAAACACAAUGCAGCAUCAAACUGCAUGCACUGUUACAGACUGUGAGAGUAAAUACAAGUUUAGGUAACAGGUUUACUUUUAACCAUUUAACUUUAAUGUGACCUUCUUAUUAAGUUACUAU